UUGUCAUUUUUGGUGGGGUAUUAAUCAAAACGUAUUCGAUGUUUUUAAUAAAAACUUGAUGCUACAUAUUUGUUCUAAUGAAGGUGAUAAGGUCCAUAAUUGUUUCUGGAAAGUAGAAAAAGAUGGAUUUUUUGCUGGUCCUGGAUUUUAUGAAGUAUUAUAUAUGCAUCCUUGGUGUAGCUAAAAUAAAAAAAAAAAUUACUACAAAACAAUCAACAAUGAGUUUGAUAAAAAACUUUUGCAUUUUGCUCCUCACAUUAUAUAUUGUUAGUAUCACUCCAGAAGCAACAAAGGUUGACAGCGACGCACGUUUUGAGGUUCAUAUUAUUAAUGAUCUCCCCGAUAAUAAUAUACCUCUGUGGAUACACUGUAAAUCGAAAACUCAUGAUUUUGGAAAUCGAUUACUUAAAGUGGAGGAUGAUUUUACUUUUUGGUUUAAGUUGAAUCUUUUUGAAACCAAUCUUUAUUUUAGUCAUUUUUGGUGGGGUAAAAAACACAAUGUGUUCGAUGUUUAUAAUAGGCACUUAAAAAAAUAUUGCGCUAAACCCCAACCCACGACGGAUAUCCGUACUUGUUACUGGAAAGUACAAGAAGAUGGAUUUUAUUUGGGUGCUAAUGCUGAUAUUACUGAGAAAAUGCAUGAUUGGCUAUAAUAAUAUUUGAAUUUAUUGGGAUUUUA